AUGGAUGAAUCAAAUAAUUUAAUAUUAAAUUUUAUCACGGAUGAUGUUCCUAUUGAUGAAAGUCCUAGUUUAAGAUCAAAAUUAAAACAUAUCGGGGGAAGUUGGAAAAAUAAAAAGAAAGUUCGAAAGUUAAUAAAAAAGAAUUCGCAAGUCCAUUCUCAAAAUAGCUCAAUUGAUAGAUCACAAAGGACAAACAACACCGAAAAUCAAGAUGAAUCAAUUCGGGAAAAUAAUUCGGUUCCAGGAAAUUUCAUAAAUUUUCACAAUAUUAACGUAGAUACUGGAAAUCAUCUUAAUUCUCAAAAAAGUACAUAUUCUCGAGAUAAUUCAAAUACUCAAAAGAAAUUAAAUAGCAAAACUCAAAUCAUCUCAUCAAUCUUCAAUCAUGAACCGAGUAAUGGACCAAUAAAUGAUACUUAUUCAUUUAAAAGUAUGGGUUUAAAUAGCGAUUUGGUUGAAAAUAUUAAAAAUAAAUUGGGAGUUGAGAAACCAACGAAUAUUCAACGUAGAGCGAUUCCCAUCUUAAUGUCUUCCAUAAGCAAUAACGAAAGCAAAGAAGAAAAUUUUGAUGUUGUAGUCCAAGCUGAGACAGGAUCUGGCAAAACUCUGACAUAUUUAUUUCCAAUAAUACAUCAAUUAAUAAGCAUUACGGCUGAUAUUCAGGAUAAUAAAAUACUUUCACGUUCAAUUGGAACUUUAGCAAUUAUAUUGACUCCAACACGUGAAUUAGCGAUUCAAAUCUUAUCAGUAUUAGAGGCUUUAAUUAAUAUUCCAUCUUCAAAGCAACAUCAUUUAGCUCAUUGGAUCGUUGCUGGUAGCGUCAUUGGUGGCGAAAAGAGACAAUCCGAAAAAGCUAGAUUACGUAAAGGGAUAAAUAUUUUGGUUUGUACUCCUGGUAGACUGUUGGAUCAUUUACAAAACACGAAAUCUUUUUUGGUGGAAAAUUUAUGCUGGUUAAUACUUGAUGAAGCUGAUCGUCUUUUAGAAUUGGGAUUUGAAGAAACUCUACAAUCAAUACUAAAAAUUUUAGAAGAAAAAAAGAAUGGUUCUCAGCCUUUCCCCUCUACUAAAUUUUGGCCAAAUAGAAGACAAACAGUUCUUUGCUCAGCUACUUUAAAGGAUGAAGUUAAGCGAUUGGCGGGAUAUGCUUUAUCCAAUCCCAUUUUCAUCGGAGGAAAGAAUGAUGAAAUUUCUCCUUUAGGAGAGAAGAAGGAUGAGAAGAGUCCAAAAGAAACAAAGUUCAGCACACCUAAUCAAUUGAAACAAACUUAUGUCAUAACACCAGCAAAAUUACGUUUGGUUACUUUAACGGCAAUUCUAAAAUCCAUUUUCAAUGUCAAACGAACAGAAAGUUUCAUGAAUCACAAAAUUAUAAUUUUUAUGUCAAGUUGUGAUUCGGUAGAUUUUCACUUUGAUCUGUUUACUAAAGCCGGAAGGAUUAGCGAAGAAUUAACAGAAGAUGAUGACCAAUCGAUUUCUACCAUUGCAGUCAUUCCUGGGGCGAAAAUAUUUCGAUUACACGGUGACUUAUCGCAAAAUGUUCGUACAAAAACAUUUAAUGAGUUCAAUCAGACAGAUUCUGGCAUAUUAUUUUGCACGGAUGUUGCUGCAAGAGGUCUCGACCUUCCAGACGUCGCAAAGAUCAUCCAAUAUGACCCACCAACGGAUUUAAAAGAUUACGUUCACAGAGUUGGUAGAACUGCAAGGUUAGGUAAAGAAGGUGAAGCUAUAUUAUUUUUACUUCCAAGUGAAAUUGAAUAUAUUCAUGUUCUAAGGUCACAAGAAAUUUAUGCUGAACCUGUUCAAGUUGAAACGUUAUUAGAAACUCUGACAGUUUCAGAGAAGAGGAACAAGGAGGGGUAUGAAAAAAUCGCAGCCGACCUUCAAUUACAAUUCGAAAGAUACGUUCUUUCAAAUUCCGAGUGCAUCACAUUAGCUCAAAAAGCAUAUUCAUCACACAUCCGCUCAUACGCGACGCAUACAACCUCGGAAAAACGGAUUUUUCAUGUGAAGAAAUUGCAUUUAGGUCAUGUAGCAAAAAGUUUUGGCCUACGAGAAACGCCAUCAAAUAUCAAGAAUGAAGUGGUCUCCCCUUCGAAUAAAUUUGACGAUAGGAAGAAUGUUUAUAAAAAGAAAAAUAUCCCCAAUAAAGAAGGAAAGUGCAAUCAAAGGAAUAUUAAAAAAAGAAAUUUUGAAAUAAUGAACGAGUUUUCGAUUGGAAAUUAUGAAAAUGUUUACAAAAAUGGAAUUUGCUUGACAACAUGA